AUAGCUCCAAGGUUGGCGGUCAAGAAGAUUUAGAUGAAGGUUGUUUUGGAGCUUGGUGAUUAUAGUAGGUGUAGUGUGAAAAAUGGAUGUUAGGAAUGUCAGGGAAAUACUUGAGAAUCUUCAAAUAGCUUCAUUUGGCUCUCCUUCUCCCUCGGGAGAAGACAUAAGUUCCUCCGAUAUAAACUUUGAUAGGACACUUCCUGGUCUACAUCAGUAUCUCGGUGCAGAUUUUGUAGAUGUAGGAGGUCGUACUUUCCUGGAGCCUGGAAGUGAAACUCACAUGUAUGCAUUCUACCGUGCGGGUGUGGUUUUGGUACCCGGACAUUCUCUCCCGCUAAUACCUUACGGUCCACUAGAGUCAGAUCUCCUCCAGAAGCUUAAUAAGGAAAAGAAGCCGCUCAUAUUUCUCCCUGGAUAUUCAGAUCAUACAAGUUUGGCGGAUUUCGUUGGUUGUAUUGGUACUACGGCCGACUUAGUGGCAAUAUGUAUUCCAGAUUCCGGCGAAGAUGCUCCUAUUCGUGCUAUGUUUAUUGGCAGACAGCGUAUCCGCAUCACAAAGGCAACACGUGACUCAUCAUAUCCUCUGGUUUGUCAUGGCGAAAUAUUACCGGAAGCAUCAUUUAACCGUGAAAUGGCUACUCAUCCUUUGGGUUGGGGUUUAGUUCCUAGAUCUUGGGCUCGUUUCGCUCGUGAUCCACAACCGACACGUCCAAGUACAUGCAUUUCUACGGAAUCAGUUCAGUCUACAAAGGCUUCUGAUGAUCGUUCUCCUCGUAAAAGUAAUUCAAGUUGUCCUGAAUCAAAUUCUGUCACAAUAAAUUCAUGUAAUCUACCAGCUGGAAAUCCUUUCUCUAUCUUUGAUUCUCGUCUAAGUACUUGGAGAAGUACAGGACCUAUAAAUUCCAGUGAUGUAUCAUCUUCAUGCUGUUCUACAGGUGCACGAUUUGAUCAUUUUGUUGAUGAAAGUUUAGAACAGGAAAGUAAUUCAAAGAAAAUAAAAUGUGAUCUUGAUAAAAUUGAUAAUAGAAAUGAUACUGAUGUAAGUUGUACAUCAUCACAUAAUGACGCGACACAAUCUGUGAAACCAGCGACAAAACUUGUUAGGUCGUCUUCGCUUUCAGAAGAUGUUGAAUUAAUUGUGGAUCGUGCUGUAGACCGAGUUGGUCGACCUUUUCGCUAUCGUAUUAAGCAGCAAUGUGAUCCGCGUCUAUUAGCACGUCGUGAUGUAUUGGCAGCCGUUGCACAAGCUUAUGUUCCCCUUCCGUUUUGGGUUUAUCGACAGUAUGAUUUGAAUUAUUUAGUCUCAGCUAUUCAAUCAGAAUUGUAUAAUUGGAAUGAUACAUGGAAAGUUGAUAAAUGGAGUCCUGAAUUAGCUGUACCUUUCUCUUACUGGUUAAUACAAAAUCUUCCAAUGUCCGGUUCAUUAAAAUCUCAUAUAUUGGGUAUUGAUCAUGUGGUGCAACGUUUACGUGCUUUACUAGAAGUUAUACGUCGUUCAACUGCAUGUGUAUGUGCAUCGUGUGAUGCAAACAUUACUUCAAAUCAACACAUUAUUUGUCUUGCUCAAGAAGGAAGUUCACAAACAUACGUGAAUCCAUCUGGUGUUUUACACGAUAUUGUGACUGUCAGUCAAGUCACGACAAACUCUCUUAAUCUUGUCGGUGAAGCGUCGUCCGAGUAUUCUUGGUUUCCUGGAUAUUCUUGGACUAUAGCCAAUUGUAAUGCUUGUUAUCAACAUAUGGGUUGGUUAUUCACCGCUUUAAAUGAUCAACUACGUCCAAGAAGAUUUUGGGGUAUUCGUCGUCAGGCAAUUGUACCCGGUUUAAUUAGUGCAUCAGAUUGGCGUCCUUGUAUCUAAGUAUCACAUUAAUGGAAAUCUCUGUAUCCAUCUCUCUCUCCCUAUCCCAACUCGAGGCAUUCUAAUCAAUGAUGGAUUUCACAGCGCUCUUCGUUUUUUUUUUUUGGUCAUUACAUUUCAUGUGUGUUCGACCUGUCCAGUGACAUACACAUAUAAUAUGUGCACGGAAGGAAGUUGUUUUUCUUUGCGCAAAUUAAUUUUGCUUCUAUGCAUGCACCUUUUUUUAAUUAUUAAUCGUGUGUUUUGUUGAAUUUCUCACACCAAACACACCCUUUAGGAUAUUUCUCGUGUUUUUUUUCGUUGUUGUUUUUUAUACACGAAUUCCACUGCUCAUCAGUAUAUCACAGUUGUUGUCAUCGUCAUCAGUAGCAUAAAUAGGCGGCGAUAAAAUCAAACUGUGCUGUAUUAUUGAUUAUUUCUCUCUUCUAUGCUUUGAUAAAAGUCAUAUAACAGACAUUGUGUAACAUUCUGUUGUUAUCUUUCUUUCUUUUUAAAAAAAAAUUUAGGCUUUUUGUCGCAUUGAUGUACAAUUAGUUCCCCUGCUUUAAAGUAUCUUUUCAGCUCCUACGAUAUUCGAAAGUCUACCCAAUUUUUGAUUUCGAUCUGUUUGUUUUGUGUAUGUGUGUGUAUUGACUUUGUUCCUAUUGUCCUAAACAUGUUGUUGUUAUUGUUUGUUUGUCACCGUCAUUUGUCUGUUUUUUUCUUUUUGUUCUGAGUCACGUCUCCUUCUUCGUUCUCCUACAUAUUUAGUUGGAGUAGCGGUUUUAUCAGUUUGUCAUUUUAAGAUGAGAUGAAUAAGGCCAGUUAUGCUUGAAUCUGCUAGACUGAGGAAAAAACGCGUUUACAAGGAAUGGUUUAUUGCAUCUAUUUUGUACACUUUGCGCCUAUAAAAUGUAAUUAAUAAUAAUUUAUUUUACAGUGUUA